UUGGUGUCAUUUGUCCUCAAGUUUUCGAAGAUGCACGUGAAUUUUCUCCAUCCAUUUUUUAAGCCCAUAGCUGACUGUGAUGUAGUUAGCUCCGAUGGAUACACUGUCCAAAACCUCGUAAGCCCAGAUUUAAGAGAAAAUUCCCGAGGAUUUUUGGCUGCUCAUUUUAUCAAGCCUCCAACUCUGUUACUCUUUCAACUUCCAUUUCCAGUUCACGUAGAAUCAAUGAUCAUCAAACCUAAAGUUGGAUCUCAAAUUUCAUCUGGUAUAGCUGUUUUGGUGGCGGGAAUCGCCGCAAAAAACGAUCCUCACGUGAAUGGUGACAUAACCAACCAUAAAUCAACAGUGUCUUCUAAAAUGCAAAGAAUUAACAAUGGCCUCCCUUUGAUCUCAUACAAAAGAAAAAAUUGUCAGAAAAGUACAGCCGAAACUUGCCAGAAACAAUCACCCAAAGAAGUUGUCACCCAUCACCACAGUUAUGAAUUGAAUAUUACCCCUACAUCUGUGAAAGGUGAGCAUUCGCAGUUUUUUACACAAGUUGCUUGGCUUACUGACAGUGAAGGUAGAACAUUUCAUAUGGAAAACAAAUUGUUUCAAGAAAGGUUUCCUGUUCAAGGGAUACACUCAGUAGGAAGAUCAGAUAUUCAGCAAGGAGAAUUUCAGCGAUUAUCCUUCCUUAGAAAGGUUACUCAUGUAGCAUUGAAGAUUGCACGAUUAAGUGGCUCAAGUGUACCAGCUAUUGGCAAAGUUGAAAUUUGGGGACAACCAUCUGCUUGUUGCCAGCCAGGAGUUUUAGAAUAUGCCUUACAAGUCCAGGAAAAAAUUCAAGCAGGCAUACAUAGUAAGGCUGCUACCACAGAGGAUGAACACAUAAUGAAGCCAGAUUCUAAACAUUGUAGAUCAAUGAUUGCUACAAAUUGUAAUAGUAACCCCAUUCCAGAUGACUUCAUUGACCCGAUUACAUGUGAAAUCAUGACAGUGCCUUUGUUACUCCCAUCUGGUCACAAUAUAGACUCAGUUACACUUGAAAAGCACAUUACGGCAGAGAGAACCUGGGGACGAUUACCAUCUGACCCAUUUACUGGAAAAUUAUUCUCAGAAUUUUCCAAGCCACUACCAAAUAGUCUACUUAAAGUAAGGAUUGACAAGUUCCUUCUGUCAUCAGGACUAAAUAAUUCUGUUCAUGGGAGAACAGUUGGAAGUGAGACUGUGUCACUUCAAGAAAAUAAUCAAACUAAAAGUAAAUUACUGAAAGCAAAUAGGGGACCUUCAGAAGACAGUCAUGCAAAAGCCCCUUCUGGUAGCAGUGAAGUCAGAGGUUCUCAUCUUGAAUUACCUUUAUUUGGUGCAAGAUAUCAGCAAAAGGUUCCAAAUAACUGUGAGCACAAGUCUGAACAAAAAGAAGUGGAACUUGGACAUGAGGAGGCAGUUACUAGAAGUCUUGAUUCAGCUGUUAAUCUGACACUCCAAGGACUUCACAAGUUUACAAGAAAUAGACCAGUCAAUCACGAAACACAAACAGUAACACGACCUGUUACUGAAGAAACAGGCAAAGGUUUGGGAGAAAGACUUAAGAGGCCAGCACCAAGACCUUCAGAAACUUCGAAAAACUUCAUCAAGAAGAAACCCACUGUUUCAUGUGUGUCAUGUGAUCAGGAUUUGUCAUCACAAUCCAUAUUUCACCUGCCAUGCCAGCACAUUAUGUGUCGAUCAUGUCUCCUGAAAGAAACAGAGCAAAGUGACAAUAACAGCACAUGCAAGCUGUGUAAAACAACAUAUAGGCGAACGAAUGUUGUUCGAGUUCAUAAUGUCUGACAAUCCUUUUCCCUAAAAGGAUUAUAAUACAAUGGUUGCUGCAUUAUGUGAUCGGA